AUGGUCAUGAAAGGUUGGUUCACCAUCUACACUUCUGACGACCCAAGAUCCCCCUUCACCAAACUAAGUGCCAGAACUCAGUUUCUAACCAAGAUCAAAGAGCUAGUGGAGCAAUACAAAGGUGAGGAGCUAAGUCUAACGAUAACAGGCCACAGCCUCGGCGCUUGUCUGCCCAUCUUGAGUGCUUUCGAUGUGGUUGAAAAUGGGCUGUGGAUGAUCCCUGUGGCUGCUAUUAUUAUGUUCGAUCUGAUUCCACAGUACCCAACCCAGAUACUGGGCUACCAGUACACAGGUACUGAGGUCGUGAUCGACAAUCGGAAAUCGCCUAGCUUGAGAGACUCGAAGAAUCCCAGUGACUGGCAUAACCUUCAAGGAAUUCUACAUGUGGUCGCAAGGUGGAAUGGAGCGGACAGAGACUUUGAGUUGAAGGUGAAGAGGAGUAUUGCUCUAGUUAAUAAGUCCGGUGAUUAUCUAAAAGAAGAGUUGUUGGUUCCUCCGUCAUGGUGGGUCGAGAAGAACAAAGGCAUGGAGCUUGAUGAAARUGGGGAGUGGGUUUUAACCCCGCCAUUUGAUGAUGAUAAUAUCCCAGUUCCUGAGUUUUGA